AAAAAUAAACUCGAGACGAUCGUGAUGGUUACGGGAUUUCAACGGACAGGCACGGACAAGCGUCGGGGACUCAGUGGGGUCAUCUGGUCAGGAAGGCAGGAUGGCAAAGGCGUGCUAUGACAAACGGAACACCACAUCAUAAAAGCAAACAGCCAUGACGCACCAGCGAGGCACUGCCGCUAGUUCCUUUGAAGUGGCUCCAACCAGUGAUGUCAAUUAUUCAAGCAGAGAUGACGGGACCAGCCGACAUGGUGAAACCAAGUCCACAUCCAUGGUACCCGAAGCCAAGUCCACAGUAUCCUUCCUCUACAACAAGCAUGUCCUACCAGCUGCCAUACCUGGACUGCUCUUCAUCUUCACAAUGGCCGGUGAGCUUCUCCUGGCCAUUCUGACCAUUGGAGCUCUGGUCAUUUACUUCAUGGUCAGCGGAGAUUCUCAACAGAAUGCUUUAAUAUCCUACAUCUGCACCUUUGUGGCAGCUCAGAUGGCUGUCCUGUACUCCUGUCUUCCACUCGUCUGGAUCUCCUUGUUCAACGUUCCGCUGCUGAUGCUCCUAAACAUGUUCCUUGGUCUGACCGGCGCAUGGGGACUUGUCCAGUUUCCUUUCUUAGUCAACAACCAACCCAAACUGGCACAGACCAUAGAGAUGGGACUCUUCUCUCUGUAUCCUCUAGUGUCGGUAGGACUCGUGACCUGGCUGUUAGCUUACCUGACGUCAGUCAAGGUCGCGCUGUACGUGGCAGUCAUCUAUGGCUUCCUUCUCCUACGGAUCUUCUUCAAACCAGCAAUAUCAUCAUUCUACAAACUGAACCCAGAGCAGACGAGCCGAAAUCAGAUUUUAGGCAACGCAGAAGCUGCAACAGUUCUUAUCGUGUAUGUCGGGUUUCCCUUUUUCUUAUAUCUAAUUUCACACAUAAUGACAUUACUGCAUGGCAAUAUCCUUGCCCUUUUAGAAUUGUUGCUCAUAGCCUGUCUCCCUUGUUUUCUAACAACAUUGGUACAGCUUCGUGGAAUCUAUGAACAAUUUAACAACACUGUAACUCAGGUAAUAUAUGCCAGAAUAAUACUUGGUUUUACGACUCUUAUUUUGUCCUGUGGGAUUGUACAUCAAUUAGGCCUAUCAUCUGUAACAUCGUGGUUGUUCCCAGCUAUCCUCUCCUACACGUUGCUUGGUUUCUCAUUGUCAAAGGGAAGACGGUUUUUAGUCGCAUCUAGAAUUCUGACUCUCUCAACUGUGCUUAUCACAUCCUACGCCGUCUAUCAAGUCGUACCUUCAUCUCUUGAAAUACCAUCUCUAUCACCACAUCUUCUUACCUUUCUUCUAAUCCUCAACGCAGCAACAUCUGUAACAUGUGUCUUGCUAGCUAGAACCAAGUAUUCUGCUUAUCUCUCACUCUGCAUUCUAAUGCAGACAGCAUUACUUGUCCAUUCAGAAUGCUUCCUCCUGUCUCGAGGCCUCUAUCUGCAUUAUCUUGCUGUAUUAACCUUCCUGCUUCAGAUGUAUGUGCUUGCCAGGCUACAUGCGAGCUCAAAGGUCACCCAUCUUUGCCUUUGGUUGACUACCAGUAUUCACUCAAUGAAGCUUCCUUUUUUCUUACUAUACGUUUUAAGAUUAUCAGAAAGUGAGACCCAUUUUGGAACUCUUGCCAGUUACAGUUGCGUUGCGUUGGUAGUAAUCACCAUGAGGAUCCUUGUAUAUGAAGAUCAAGAGGAACUUCCACCAAAGAAAAUCAUUGGAUACCUAUUCUUUACAGCUGUUAGUGUACCUACUUUUAUCUUGAAUGUGAUGCUACCUGUGGUACUGCAAUUUUCAGACCACUUAAACUUUGUGGCGGUCUUGCUCUUGGUUUUGAUGGUGACUAGUCUUAUUGCAUGUAAGCUGACCAAGUGCAAUAUGAAGCAGAACCCCAAUGGUUUUAGAGUGAGUGGAUUGAUGUUGUUUCUCAGUGGGUUUUCAUUGCUAAUGCAAGCGCCGGUCGUGAAGGAACACAUGUCUUUGUGGUCAGUCAUCAUGAUAGAGAUGGCUGCUGUGCUUCUCUUGGCCAGUUCGUGUUCCUUGAUCCCGCCUCCUCAUCCUCGACUCUACGCCACAGUUGGAGGGCUGCUUCUUGGGAUACCUGUAGGUGUGACUGCAUGUGGGUUCGUAGAGCCUUUGGCUAGUCGGUUGUCCAGCGUUGCAUAUGCUGCGCUCUGUGUCGAGGUCCUCAUCAUGUUGCUACUGCUGUGGAGAUACUCCAUUGAAUGGAAGGAUAGGAAUCUCACACAUUUAGUCAAGGAUUACUUCCUGCAUGCGACCUUUACUGCUUUCUUCAUGACCUCGCUAUCUAUUUUCCUCGAAAACCUUCUCAAUCUCACUAAACCAUCAUGGUGGGAUGCUCUCUCAGAGGUUCCGUCAACAUCCUUCUUGUGCACUAUCUAUGGCAUCCUUGCAAUCACUCUCAGACUCUUCUGUCUCAAGUGGCAGCUUCAGAAUCCUUUCACCUACAAACCAGGUCUGAUCCCAACCUACGGCAACAUCCUCACCAUCAUAACCUACCUUUUGGCAGUCCUCAGCAACCCUAUCCCAUUUGCCGAGAUAUGGAAUUCUGGAGCAUCCAUCAUCCUCCUCUGCCUGCAGCAGGACCUCACAAUGUUCCCCAACUUCCGGGCACCCAUGCGAACCAGUACUAUCUUUGCCGUUUGCAUGUGCCAAUUCUUGUUCUUCUCCUUCAAGUACUCCCUUCUGUGUACGGAUUUGAUUGGUGUCUUUGCCAUCCUGGAGGUCCUAACCCUGCCUCUCAGUAUUCCAUCUCUCAUCGUCAUGACGAUAGUCCUGUCACAACCUCUCAAAUUAAUCAUGCCAGAACAAACGGUCAUACUGUGUACACCUCUCCCUGUCCUCGUAUUUUCAUUUGGUAACAGUUACGCGAGUUGGGUACUUUCUGGAACGAGCUUUGUCUGUGGUGUUUAUCUUUUGCAAAAGACCUCUUUUGGCAUGCAAGUUUGAAAUAAUUGUAUGAUAUUUUCAAAUACUUAAUAAUUAUGUGGGAGCUGCAAUAAGUCUUAAACUUUACCAAUUUUAAGCCUUGAAAUGUUCCAGUUUCAUAUGUUGUUUUAUUGCAUCUUCUGUGCACAUACAUUGUGUGUCCUUUGAUUGUUUUGUCUCAUGCUAGAUUGUUCUCGUUCAUUUAUUCACAUGCUGAUCACAAACUGUGUUUUCAAAUUAAUUUGAUUAUUCGGAAGGGGAGUACUGGAAAGCUAAUUUUGGCUACAUGUAUAUUGUAUUGCUUUCUUUUUAAAAUACCCAUGAUUAUAUCUUUACACAUUAUUGGUACUUUUCUUUUAAGUGUUAGAUUUAUGAAUGAUAAGCAGUAUUGACAUUUUUAUGAAAUUUUAUGAAACAGUACUACAUGUAUUUUACACAAUUUUGCUGAGAAGCUUCUUUUAUCUUAUAGAUUGAAAGUUCUGAAUACAAUGACAUUAUGAAUAUCCUAUGUAACUUCUUUUUAAAUAGAACCUUGAAUUUGGAACUUUAAUAAAUUCUUAGACCAAUAUUCAAUG